AUGGCUACCGAACUUUGCCCCGUCUAUGCGCCCUUCUUUGGCGCGCUGGGCUGCACCUCUGCUAUCGUCUUCACCUGCUUCGGUGCCGCAUAUGGAACCGCUAAGGCCGGUGUCGGGGUUUGCUCCAUGGCCGUCCUCCGCCCCGACCUGAUCGUUAAGAACAUUGUCCCCAUUGUCAUGGCAGGUAUUAUUGGUAUUUACGGUCUCGUUGUGUCGGUCUUGGUCGCCAACGACCUGACCCAGCAGCUCCCUCUCUACACUGGUUUUAUUCAGCUCGGCGCUGGUCUGUCUGUCGGUCUGGCUGGUCUUGCUGCGGGUUUCGCUAUUGGUAUUGUCGGUGAUGCAGGUGUUCGUGGAACGGCUCAGCAGCCUAGGUUGUACGUCGGAAUGAUUCUUAUUCUCAUUUUCGCCGAAGUCUUGGGUCUGUAUGGGUUGAUUGUUGCUCUUCUCAUGAACUCCCGCUCGAAAGCAACAUGCUAA